UAUUUUUUCCAUAUUACCCACAUUUUAAACCUCUUUGUGAAGCUUUUGUCCUGUUUUGUCUGUUUUUGACUCCUAUUUUUGGAGUGAAUCCUGCUCUGCUCCACGCCAAGUCCCUGCGCUCUGAUUGGACAUUGUGGGUGGUAUCACCAUGGCGACGGCGGUGCUGGCUCUGAUGUUGAUGAUGGGAUGUAUUCUGACGGAGACGCAGCUCGUCCCCCGAGGUCCCGGGCUGAAGCUGCGUGUGCGUGUGAACGUAACUGAGGAUACCAUCGUGUUCCGCUUCCUCCCUGCCUCUAGUCCGGGUUCUGGUCCUGAUUCUGGUUCUGGUUCCCGGGUCCGUUUGGAGGGGCAUGUUGUGGGGUACGGCAGCGGCAGCAGCGCCCCGCAGUUCAUUCCAUUGCCACAAGGGGGACUGAGCUAUGUCACCGAACUGGAUGCAGAGCCCAAGUACCUCCUGUCUGUCCAAGGCAUCCCAGAGACAGACCUGCACCCGCACUGUACAGGUAAAGUGGACCUCCAGACUCCCCUGAGGCUAGUGGUGCGCUACGUCAGCCCCACAGCAGUGCUCCUGUCCUGGGCUCCACACCCACACACACCCCUGGGAGACAUCCUGGGACACUGCCUCCAGGACGGAUUCUACACAGUGCGUUGGCGUGAGCGCUCCAGCAAAUGGCAGUAUGAGUGGUGUCCAACCAGUGACACGGUUUUGUCGGACCUGGAGCCGGGCUCGGAGUAUGAGUUUAGUGUGAGAGCUACACGCCGUGACCACCUCAGCGGCGACUGGAGCAAACCGGUUUACCACAGCACCAAUGGCAACCACAAACCUCCACUGAAAACGUUUAAACUCAGGAAUCCCUUGGGACGAGCUCUGAGUCCGAGGGGCCGCUCCCUGUUUCCUCCUCGUCCCGCGCUCCACAAUAGAACCAGACUAUCUUUACUCAACCAAGGAUUCAACCACCGAACCGGACUGGGAGGUCCAGGGGGAGCUCGCCCAUCCAUCGCUCUGAACAAAAGACCAAAUCAGGUUCUAAACAAAGACUCAGAGAGUGAUAAAAUUCAAAAUUUAAAGGAUGGCGACCAACUGAGGCUCUUCAAAUUAAAACCCAAAUCCACAAAAUCUACUACUACUACAACAACUACUACGACUACACUAGCAACAACUACUACUACUACUACUCCAGAGCCCACUACUACCACCACCACGCAGAGGCCCUCCAGAGUCUCCAGAGUCAGGGCCAGGGUGCAGGUCACCACCCCAGCCUCAAGACACCAGUCCUGGGAGGAGUCGGAGCUGUUUCAGCCUCUGCCGUCCUCCGACCUGGAUGCCCAGGGCAAGAAACGAUACACCGCCCCUCACGUAGUGUACCAGACCGGGAAGCGCCCUGACGAGCCCUGCUCCAUCACCUCAUCUCUUGACUAUUUUCCACCUGACAAUAACGACGAGGAGCUUGGCCAAUCACACACUUCCACUCCACCCAGAGCCCCACCCUCUAAUGUCACUGUGGUAACUGUCGAGGGAUGUCCGUCAUUCGUCAUUUUGGACUGGGACAAGACCAAUGACACAACAGAAUACGAGGUGAUUUCCACGUCCAAAGGCCCAGACGGAGAAAAGGUCUCAGUCCUGACCACGAACCAGACCCACACCGCAGUGGAGAACCUGAGACCAGAGUCCAGUUAUGAGUUCAAAGUGAAGCCAAAGAAUGAUGUUGGGUCUGGACCUGAAUCUGAGCCGGUCGAGUUCAGCACUGAGUCUGCGGACCCCCGAGUCAGUGAGACCGUUGCGGGGAAAGCCGCCAUCUGGACUGAAUUCCCGUUUGCCGCAGACUCAGACUCAGAUUGUAGGGGUCGCCAGUUUGUGAAGAGGACAUGGUACCGGAAGUUUGUGGGAGUCCAACUCUGCAACUCUCUGAGAUACAAGAUCUACCUGAGUGACUCUCUGCAUGGAAAGUUCUUUGACAUUGGAGACCAGUCUGGUUUCGGGGAAGAUCAUUGUCAGUUUGUUGACUCUUUCCUUGAUGGAAAAACAGGACGACUGAGACCAGAGCAACUCCAGGAGAAGACAGGAUUCUACAGAGCGAUGCGACAGGAGCCAGUUUACUUUGGCUCCAUCGGGGGGCGCUCUCAGGUGAACUACGUCUCCUGGUAUGAGUGUGGGACCCCCAUCCCUGGAAAGUGGUGAUGAAUCAGGACUAAUCCAGGACUAAACCAUGAUUUAACCAGGUCUAAACCAAGACUGAAUCAGGACUGGACCAGGACUAAACCAAGACUAAACCAGGGCUAAACCAGGACUAAACCAUGAUUUAACCAGCUCUAAACCAGGACUAAACCAUAAUUUAAACCAGGUCUAAACCAGGACCGAACCAGGCCUGGACCAGGACUAAACCAGGACUAAACCAGGACUAAACCAGGACUAAACCAAGACUAAACCAGGGCUAAACCAGGGUUAAACCAGGGCUAAACCAUGAUUAAACCAGGUCUAAACCAGGACUGAACCAGGACUGGACCAGGGCUAAACCAGGACUAAACCAGGUCUACAUGUGGACUAAAUUAGGAAUAAACAUGGAGAAACCAGAACUAAACAAAACCGAAAGCCAACCAAAAACGAAGACAGAAAAUGGGGUUAAACCAAGGACUAAACUAGUGCUGAACCAGGACUAAACCAGGUCUAAACCAAGACUAAAUGUGGACUAAACCCAGUCUGCAGAUAGACUAAACCACGACUAAACCAGGACUCAGUAAAAUCCUAUAUUUUCAGGGAACAUUAGGGAAAGCAGAUAUCAUUUUUACUCUCAAAUCUCUCUGCCAAAAUGGCUCUGGUCAUGUUUCUGCUGUUUUUGUCUGAUGUACAUUUUGUUCAAAUCCAACUUUCAGGAAAAUCUUUGGUGCUUCUGUAUGGUUCGUAACCUAAAACAUGAGCUCGUGCCUGGACUCUGAUGCUGCACUUUGCACAAAUGUGUGAUAAAUACUAGAAUGGUUAUAAUAAACUCAUAGGGCAUUAGUGACCUUUUUGUGAUGCAUAUUUCACUGAUGUCACUGAAACAGAAUAAUGACAAAAGGGUGUGUACAUAAAAGUGAUGUUUUUGUAUGUUUUGUAUUGGUUUUAUAUAAAGAGAAUAAAGAUUCCUUUUUGUAUAAA